AUGUCUGCGCAGGAGAUCCCGUUGGAAGCCUUCCAUCCCGACUUUGUUCUAGACGUCAAUUAUCCAUUUGAUGCUAAAACUGCUACCCCCACCAAGAAUGCUCAAGAUGAUUUGAAGAAGCUUCUGGCCUCCCUUUUGAAGAAAUCCUUCGACUUCCAGAUUAGAGAGAACACUUUGAACUCUAUCUUGGUUUUUGUCUCCGUCAAAGAGGACAGCUUGGUAAAGUACGUCAACAGCUCAUUGGCCCUUGAUUACCAAUAUGGUAUCACCAAUGAUCUCAAACUACUCAGUUCUUAUAAGGAAUUGGAAAAGGGUACAGUGGUCUCUUAUGCCGAAAAGGCAAGAAUUAUCUAUGAGGUUUUAACCAAGCACCCUUCUGAAGGUGGUGCUGGGAUUACUGUUGGCUCUGGUGAUUGGUCAUUUGUCAAGUCAAUCACCGCUGUUGGAAACUUGGCUGACCAUGUUAAUGAUCUGAAGGAGUACGGAGUGAAUUUGACAAAAAUUGCCGAUUCUUACGAUUCUUCUUCAUUCGAUUACCUUCGAUCCAAGUUUGGCCUGAGUGUUGCCUUUUUCUUUGAAUUUUUGUCCAAAUACACCAAUUGGCUUAUAGUAACCAGCUUUGUAGGCAUCCUCUCCCACAAAUUCUUGGGACGAUACUCUUUGGUUUUCACGAUCUUCAAUUUGCUGUCUUCUAUAGCAUUUUAUCUUUACUGGUACGUUUUUCAAUCAAAGUUGGCUCUGAACCUUCAUGUUAGAAAUAUCAGCCUUACAGAACCUACCAAUGUUAGUUAUCUCAAUGCUUUGGAACAAAAGAGGCCAUCUGUUCCCGUGUACAAGACCGUUCUGAAAGAAUUGGCUUUUGUCCCUGCUGCUCUGCUAUCCACCGGUGUCUUGUUACUUGCACAGAUUGGAUGCUUUGUUAUUGAAAUUUUUCUUAACGAGAUCUACGAUGGCCCCUUUAAAAAGUUCCUAAGCUUUGUUCCUACGGCUUUAAUUGUUGGAGUUUCACCAAUUAUCGCUGCUAUUUACAAUGUCAUAAUUGACCGAUCUUUAAACUGGGAACAACAUCCGAACAAUUCUUCACUUAAGAACUCGAAAUUGAUCAAACUGUUUGCAUUUAACUUUACUGCAAGUUAUGUUCCAUUAUUGAUUAGUGCUUUCGUGUACCUUCCCUUUGGUUUCAAAGUCAACAGCCUGCUUCCUCACAUUCACUCCAACAUCCAUUACUAUGUUAGUGACAAAAUUCCAGUAUUGGACAAAAACUUUGAGGUCAACAGGUUCAGAUUGAACGGCCAAUUCCAAUACUUUAUAUUGACCAACCAAAUCGUUGCCUUGGUUUUAGAAUUUGUAGUGCCUGCUGGAUUAAACAUUGCUACAAGAUUUUUGAGCCAACCUGCCUCGUCUGACAAGACCAUUGAAAAGAGAGACAAUGAGGUUUUUCCGCAAGAACACGAUUAUCUGACCUUGGUUAGGUCUUAUGUUGCUCUUCCAGAAAUCAGUUAUGAUACCAACUACAGAACGCUUAUUAUCCAAUUUGGAUACUUGGUGUUGUUUGGUCCUGCUUGGUCUCUGGGCCCAAUCGUGUCUCUUAUUUUUAUUGUCGCUAGAACUUUUAUUUACAAGUUCCAGUUGUUGUCCCUGAAGAUUGGACGUGUGCCUAUUCCGGAAAGAAGAGACUCGAUUUACCCCUGGGAUUUGAUAAUUAGAUGGCUGAUCGUACUCAGUGCAGUGACAUCCACUGCAUUAUCUCUGAUGUACAAUAGAGAGCUCGUUUCUUCUGUAUCUGGUUCAGCUUUGGGGCAAAUCAAAUGGUGGAAAGUCGUUGGAAUUACUCUGUUUACUGAACACAUUGUAUCUCUUUUGUUGAACAUUUCUGAAUACGUCAUCAGGUCUUUUGUUGCUUCCUCAACAGAUUCUGAGCGAUUGACCGACAGAGGAGACGUUGUAAGUGUCGAUCCAACUAUUAGAAAGGAGCUCAUAAACAAAACAGUACCAGGAUUUUUUGAGACUAAUGAGAACUCAAACUUGGAAAUAUCUAACUUUUCCAAUAUCAUUGCUGAUGUUUUAACUAGAAGCGUAGAAUUACAGUCAGAUUUGAGCUCAGCCCAGAAGAAAAGGACCAAAGUCAAUGAAGAGCCAAAGGCAGUAUCAACUUCGAUAGAAACAAAUGCAACCGUUCCCUCAACGCAGAAACUCUCGAGUUCCGUUGAAGAAUCCAAGUCCAAUUUAAAGCAAGACCCUGAUUUCGGUGUUAAUGACAACUUUGUGAUUGCCAAGGAAGAGGAAACUGGACAUAAAGUGGUCAGCACUAUUGAUGAUAAUAUUCAUGCUGCAGAUAAGGUCGGCAGUUCGGUUCUCAAUGGAGCUACAAUUCCUAAGGAUAUGAACAGCAGGACCUCUCUUCCAUUACCAAAAGCAGCAGCCUCAACCUCAGAAGCUCCAAUCACAGAAGCUCCAACCGCAAAAGCUCCAAUCGCAGAAGAUCCACCAGUCACUGCAAGCAAGACCGAGACGGAACAGGAAAUCACUAGCACGCCUCCAGUAAUUCGUCAAGUAAGCGAUGCUGUUGAACAGACAACCAACUCUUCUUCCAGCUAUUCAGAGAAUUCAGGCACCCCUUCCAAGAAACACAGGACACUGAAGAAACUUUUCAAGAAAGGACUUUAG